GCGCGGCCUGUAAAAUGCUUGACGCGCGGCCUUUGCCCCAGCUGAGCCGAGCGCUUCGCCAUGGCGUCGUCCCCGUCGUCGGGCGGCAGCGCCAUCCAGAUCCCGAGCCGGCUGCCGCUGCUGCUGACUCCGGAGGCGGUGCUGCUGCCGGGCUCCACCAUGCGCGCUAGCGUGGACUCGCCGCGGAACAUGCAGCUGGUGCGGAGUCGGCUGCUGAAGGGCACGUCGCUCAAGAGCACCAUCAUCGGCGUUAUCCCCGACACCAGCGACCCGCCCAGCGACCUCGACGCGCUGCCCCCGCUACACAGGAUCGGCACGGCAGCACUGGCAGUCCAGGUGGUUGGCAGCAACUGGCCAAAGCCACAUUACACUUUGCUGAUAACGGGCCUCUGCAGGUUCCAGAUUUUGCAGCUGGUGAAGGAGAAGCCUUACCCUGUUGCUGAUGUGGAACAGCUGGAUCGGCUGGAACAGUUCACCAACAAGCCUACAUCCGAGGAGGAACUGGGAGAGCUGUCGGAGCAAUUCUAUAAAUAUGCAGUGCAGCUGGUUGAGAUGCUGGAUAUGUCAAUCCCUGCAGUGUCUAAACUGAGGCGCCUGUUAGACAACCUGCCUAGGGAAGCUUUACCAGAUAUAUUAACCUCCAUCAUCCGCACCAGCAACCAGGAGAAGCUUCAGAUUUUAGAUGCUGUUGGGUUGGAGGAACGGUUCAAGAUGACCAUACCCUUGCUUGUUAGGCAGAUUGAAGGCUUGAAACUGCUUCAGAAAACUAGAAAAUCCAAACAGGAUGAUGACAAAAGGGUUGUAGCGAUACGUCCCAUUCGAAGGAUCACCCACUUUCCAGGCGCUGCUGAAGAUGAGGAGGAGGAUGAAGACCACAAUGAUAUUGUUAUCCUUGAAAAGAAAAUCCGAACCUCCAGUAUGCCUGAGCAGGCUCUAAAAGUGUGUGUAAAAGAGGUAAAGAGAUUAAAGAAAAUGCCUCAGUCAAUGCCAGAAUAUGCCUUAACCAGAAAUUACUUGGAACUGAUGGUGGAACUGCCAUGGAGCAAAAGUACAAAAGAUCGCCUGGAUAUCCGUGCAGCCAGGAUUCUUCUGGACAAUGACCAUUACGCUAUGGAGAAGUUGAAGAAGAGGGUGUUGGAGUAUUUGGCAGUCAGGCAGCUUAAGAACAACUUGAAGGGCCCGAUCCUUUGCUUUGUGGGACCUCCUGGGGUUGGAAAAACUAGUGUGGGAAGAUCCGUGGCGAAGACUUUGGGCCGAGAGUUCCACCGAAUCGCCCUCGGCGGAGUGUGUGACCAGUCUGACAUCCGAGGGCACAGGCGCACCUACGUUGGCAGCAUGCCUGGGCGGAUCAUCAACGGCUUGAAGACUGUUGGGGUUAACAAUCCGGUGUUCCUGCUCGAUGAGGUUGACAAGCUUGGAAAGAGCCUGCAGGGGGAUCCUGCAGCUGCUUUGCUUGAGGUCUUGGAUCCUGAGCAAAACCACAGCUUCACAGACCAUUACUUAAACGUUGCCUUUGACUUGUCCCAAGUACUUUUCAUCGCCACAGCCAACACGACUGCCACCAUCCCACCUGCUUUGCUGGAUAGAAUGGAAAUCAUCCAAGUUCCAGGAUACACGCAAGAAGAGAAGAUAGAAAUCGCACACCGCCACUUGAUUCCAAAGCAGCUUGAGCAACAUGGACUGACUCCUCAGCAGAUUCAGAUUCCUCAAGAUGCAACCCUGGCAAUCAUCACCCGAUACACCCGGGAGGCAGGAGUCCGCUCUUUGGAUCGCAAAUUUGGAGCCAUUUGCCGAGCAGUUGCCGUGAAAGUGGCAGAAGGCCAGCACAAGGAGGCAAAGCCAGAUCGCUCUGAAGUGACAGAAGGAGGAGAGUGUAGAGAGCAUGUUGCAGAAGAUGCGAAAGCUGAUUCUCUCAGCGACACUGCCGAUCUGGCUCUACCACCUGAAAUGCCCAUUCUAAUUGACUUAGAUGCCUUGAAAGACAUUCUUGGGCCACCAAUGUACGAACUGGAGGUGUCCGAGCGGCUGAAUCAACCCGGCGUAGCAAUAGGUUUGGCUUGGACUCCUUUAGGAGGGGAGAUCAUGUUUGUAGAAGCCAGCCGCAUGGAUGGGGAAGGCCAGCUGACUCUGACUGGGCAGCUGGGCGAUGUCAUGAAGGAGUCGGCACAUCUUGCCAUCAGCUGGCUGCGCAGCAAUGCAAAGAAAUACCUACUGACAAAUGCUUCUGGAAGUUUUGAUCUCCUUGACAACACAGACAUCCAUCUGCACUUCCCAGCUGGAGCUGUCACAAAAGAUGGACCAUCUGCUGGUGUUACCAUAGUAACCUGCCUUGCCUCCUUGUUCAGUGGGCGGCUCGUGCGUUCAGAUGUAGCCAUGACUGGAGAAAUUACACUAAGAGGCCUUGUUCUUCCAGUUGGAGGAAUUAAGGACAAAGUUCUAGCAGCACACCGAGCUGGACUAAAGCGAAUUAUCAUUCCUCAAAGAAAUGAAAAGGAUCUUGAGGAGAUUGCCGCCAACGUACGGCAGGACCUGAAUUUUGUGAUGACAAGCUGCCUGGAUGAAGUUCUUAAUGCCGCUUUUGAUGGGGGAUUUUCAGCCAAGACAAAACUUGAUCACUUCAACAGUAAACUCUAAGCAGAUUGACUUGGGCUCACUCAAGGAACAAAAUGCAAAGCUGAUGUUCAUCUGGCAGGCUGCAAAAAAAUGUGAGAGUGCUUAAAAGUGGCCAACACUGGAAUGAGAUUAGAAUGUGUGAAAGAGCUCUUCUUCAUUUGGCAUUACAAACUUGCUGCCCAUUCUUACUGGUCUUCAUAUGCAUUAGUGGACAGGAGGCCAGAGAGAUAGAUUUGAAUGCUAAGCUCUUAAUUGUUAAUCCCCUGUGCAAUUAUGGGGUAGACUGAUACAGCAGCAGAAUAUCCAAUCACACGAGCCUUCAUGAAAUCUGCCUGUUAAUUUAUUAAAGCCUGCUUUCUACCACACACACACCCAGAGCCUGAUGCAAAUGUUGAGAUUUUACCUUGCUUUAAUAUCAGAGCUGUAGUUAAACUGUCACUGAUGCCAAGCUACAGUAUUGUUCACUUCA